AGCUCGCGACCCUUGCCAAUCCCCUUCUACCCGCACACGACCGCUUGAGCUCUGCUCGCGAACAAAUAACUGCAGGCGUCGAUCACCCCCAUACCCCUUCAUAAACCAUGUCCGGCCGCCAGUCCCCCGUCAGCUCCUCGGGCGAAUCGUCUGGCCCCCACACACCUAUGCUAGACGGCCAGAACAACACCGACGCGAACGGGACGACCGCCCCCGCCUCCGCCCCUGCUACCAACGCCAACGGUACCUCCUCCGCUGCGAAUGAUCGCCGGCGGGCCGCCCGGCGCAACACGACUGCGGAGAAGCGCGCCUCUCACAACGCGGUGGAGAAAGCCCGGCGGGAGACGCUCAACGGUCGCUUCCUCGAGCUCGCUGCCCUCCUCCCCAACCUCUCGCCCAUCCGGCGACCGUCCAAAUCGGCGAUCGUGAACGGCUCGAUCGCGCACGUCCAGGCUGCGCAGCGGCACCGUGCAUCUGCCGCCCGAGAACUCCGGCUCCUCAAGCUAGAAACCGAUGCGCUCCGACGCGAGCUCAACGAGUGGAGGGUGCGCAAGGGGAUUAGCCUAAUUGAGGAGCCGCCGCGCUCGGACACGUUCUCGAUGGUGCUUGCGGGCGAGAUGGAGGUAUUGCCAGAGGUUCAGCCAGAUGCGGACGAGGUACCGGAAGAGGACUACGAGCAGCACCAGCAAGGGCGUAUGUCGGCGGCAGACCCGCGAUAUAUCCAGCAGCAGCAACAGAUUGAGCACGCACGACGGUUGGCGAUGCUCAAGGCGGGGAUGCUCAAUGGCAAUGAGAAUGGCAUGUUCGGCGGCCAGCAGAACGGCUAUGAUCAGCUCACUCAGCUUCAGCAGCAGCAGCUCGCGCAUGAGCGCCUCCGCGGCUUUGGCAUGAACGACGGCUAUGCGCAGAGCCCUAAUGGCUACGACCGCCAGUUCUUCGGCGGGAACCCCUCCAUGAUGCGCUCGCGCUCCGGCUCCGCGUCCGCGCGCCCCGACCUCCCCGCGGGCUUCGACGGCUUCAACGGCCGCGGCGGCGAGGGCUUCGACCGGCAGGGCGCCUUCGACGGACGCGGGCCCGCGGGCUUCGACGGGGGCCGCCCGCGCAGCGGGAGCGGGAUGGGCGGGGGCAUGCCCGGGUUCGAGCGCCGCGGCUCGUAUAUGGGCCCGGGCGUAAACGGCAUCCACGACGGGAGCCUGGGCGGGAUGGCGUCGCGCCAGCAACCGGCGAACGACGGCAGCAGCCUGUACUCGAUGAUGUGAGGGCGGGUGUGCCCAUUGUUGAUGUGCGGGAUGUGCCCGUUGUUGUAAUCGCUAGAACGAGGGGCAGUACUACGAUUGUGUCGAUACGCCCUCGCGCCCGGCUUGUUGGACCCUUCCCUUUCUGUUGUAACCCCCUCCCCCCAUACCC